AUGGACGGCGAUCUCACGAGAUAUAUGAAUACCCAUGGCGAGCGCGGCGCUCUCAAGCCUGCCGCCGUCAAGUCAUUCAUGUACCAGCUCCUCAAGGGCAUCGACUUCUGCCACCAGAAUCGUGUCCUUCACCGCGAUCUCAAGCCCCAGAACCUGCUUAUUAACAGCAAGGGUCUUUUGAAACUCGGUGACUUUGGUCUUGCCCGCGCCUUCGGUAUCCCCGUCAACACCUUUUCCAACGAAGUCGUCACCCUUUGGUACCGUGCCCCCGACAUCCUCCUCGGCAGCCGAACAUACGACACGAGCAUCGACAUCUGGUCAGCCGGCUGUAUUAUGGCCGAGAUGUUCACCGGACGUCCUCUAUUUCCCGGAACCACCAACGAAGACCAAAUUGUCCGCAUUUUCCGCAUCAUGGGAACACCAACAGAGCGUACCUGGCCCGGCAUCACACAAUUCCCCCAAUACAAGCCGACCUUCCAGAUGUACGCCACUCAGGACCUUCGAAAUAUCCUCCCGGCGAUUGACCCAACUGGUAUAGAUAUGUUGCAAAGGAUGCUACAGCUUCGACCAGAGUUGCGGAUCAGUGCCCACGAGGCCCUUCAGCAUGCUUGGUUCAACGACCUGCUGAUGCACCCGCAGCAGCAGCAGCAGGCUCUCCAAGCACAGGCCCGUGCAUACCUACCUCACUGGCUUAUCAUACACGUGAGUUCAUUGGAAAAUUAUGCACCUUGA